AUGAUGUCCUCCUUUAUCCCAAGGCUUGUCCGGCCAACCACGCGUCUCGCUCUCUCCGCUCGUGUCUCGAAAAGAGCAAUCCGAGCUGCUUCCACAUCCAAACAUCCCCACGGCUUCACUCCUCCGACGACCGAAGACCUCAACGAACUACGUGAACGAGUCCAAGAAUUCACUCGAAGAGAAAUCUCAGAAGAAGUCGCAGCACAGACCGACGCGUCCAAUGACUUUCCCCGUGAGAUGUGGAAGAAGUUGGGCGACGCAGGAUUUCUCGGUCCGACCGCCGAUGAAGAAUACGGAGGACUAGGCAUGGGGUACCAGGCACACUGCGUCAUCAAUGAAGAAAUCAGUCGAGCUUCUGGCUCAAUUGGCUUGUCCUACGCCGCUCACUCUCAGCUGUGCGUCAAUCAACUUAGCCUCAACGGAACAAAAGAGCAAAAGCAGCGAGUCCUGCCCGGUCUGAUAUCGGGCGAUAAAAUCGGCGCCCUCGCCAUGUCCGAGCACUCUGCAGGGAGUGAUGUUGUGAGCAUGAAGACGACAGCGAAAGCCGUGGACGGCGGGCACACAUUGAACGGCACGAAGAUGUGGAUUACCAACGGGCCCGAGGCAGAUUAUAUCGUCGUCUAUGCAAAGACGGAGCCCGAGAAGAAGAGUAAAGGCAUCACGGCGUUUAUCGUCGAGAAGACAUUCACUGGGUUCUCGGUGGCGAGGAAACUGGAUAAACUUGGCAUGCGCGGUUCAAAUACCGGCGAGCUUGUCUUCGACAAUGUCUUUGUGCCCAAGGAGAAUGUCCUCGGAGACGUCAACAAGGGCGUGACGGUGCUGAUGGAAGGCUUGGACUUGGAGCGUCUAGUGCUCAGCGCGGGUCCGUUAGGAAUCAUGCAAGCUUGCCUCGAUCUCGUGCUGCCGUACACGCAUCAGCGGAAGCAGUUCGACAUGCCCAUUGCGCACAAUCAACUGGUGCAGGGAAAACUCGCAGACAUGUACACGAAACUCCAGGCCGCGAGGGCUUAUACCUACACAACGGCGAAGAAGGUCGAUGAGGAAGGUCAAAUUCGCACCCAGGACUGUGCAGGCGCCAUUUUGUAUGCCGCUGAAAGAGCCACGGAGUGCGGCCUCGAUGCUAUCCAGUUGAUGGGUGGUAAUGGCUACGUCAACGACAUUCCAGCCGGAAGAUUGUUGAGGGAUGCGAAACUAUACGAGAUUGGUGCGGGAACGAGCGAGAUCAGAAGAAUGGUCAUUGGAAGGGCGUUUAACAAGGAGUAUAAAGAUCAAGGCAUUUAA